AUGUCGACUACCACAGAUACUAUAGAUUUAACAAACGACGGGUCUGAAAAAAUAAAUGAGGUAGACAAUAUUCAUGAAGAUACACCAGUAGAAGAAUCUGCUAUCGAUGAGAAAACUCAACAGAAUUAUCGUGUGUGGAAGAAAAAUGCACCUUUGUUAUAUGAUUACUUAGUUACAAACUCUUUGCUUUGGCCCUCUUUAUCAGUUCAAUUUUUCCCUGAUAUAACACAUAUAAACGAUUUGGGUGAAAAUAAGAAUGAGGAACAGAUAAUUGCUCAAAGAAUACUACUUGGCACUUUUACUUUGGGUCAAGCAAUUGACCAUAUAUCCAUCUUACAAAUACCUAGUUUCAAAAACCUUAAUCAAAAUAUAAAGAUAAAUAAACUUGAUUUUAAUCCAGAACGAGAAGAAUUUGAAUUAACUACACCAUCGUUAAACAAGACCAAAACAUUGCAAAAGAUAAACCAUUUGGGGGAUGUGAACAAAGUCAGAUAUAUGCCCCAAAAGCCUAACAUACUUGCGAGUGCCAAUAACUUGGGGAAUUUGGUAAUAUACGAAAGAACUAGACAUAAGAGCUUUAAGAAUACUAUAUUAGAUGAUACAGACUUGAGCAAAGUGCAAGUAAGAUUGGUAAAUAAACAUAUUCCUUCUACAACAGAUAUCUUUGCAAUUGAUUGGAACAGAAAUAGCGAAGGACUUUUGUUGAGUGCUGAUAUGAAUGGACUUGUUAACUUAUACGAUUUAAAGAAAUAUGAGUCCGAAACUUUGAAUGAAAGCCAAUAUUGGGAAAAUAAUGCCAUUGGAGUAAACGAUAUUGAAUGGUUUCCAACCCACGACUCUUUAUUUUGCACUGCAGAUGAUAACGGAUGGUUGAAACUUUACGAUACUAGAAAUCAAAGUGCUGCUGUUCAGAAUGCAAAUAUUGGAAAUAGUGUCAAUAGUGUUGCUUGUAAUCCUGGGUAUGCCACUGGUUUAGCUACGGGAGAUAGCAAUGGAGUGAUUAAGAUGUGGGACAUUAGGAACUUUGACAACUCACUUAGUGAAUUACAUGGUCAUUCGGAUUCAGUUACUCAAUUGAAAUGGAAUCCUAAAUGCCACAAUAUACUAGGGUCUUCAUCCUCGGAUCAUCUGGUUAAGUUGCAUGAUAUGAGCAAUGAUUCAACUAUAUUCACUCACUUGGGUCAUAUGCUUGGGGUUAAUGAUUUCGAUUGGUCAUAUGCCGACCCUUGGAUGGUUGCCAGUGUCGCAGAUGAUAAUUCUCUACAUGUCUGGAAACCCACCCACUCUGUUACAGACAAAUUUAAAUAG